UUGGCGACUUUGGUUUUUCAUCUGUGUCGUCAUCUUAAACUCUCGCCUUUGCUUUUCUCGACCGAAUUGAGAACUUGAAAAAGUGAGCGUCGUUGUUUCAGACCCUCCCCCCAGCCUGCGCGCGCCUGUCGACCACUUUCAUUUUUUCAGCCGCCUCACAACGGAACGAAAGGGGGCUCCAUAAGCAAGGACCAAUAUCCAAAUUUAUCUUAAUAUACCUCCCUCGACCUUACACGAGACUCCGGAAUAAUCCAGAUCACGAAAAGAAAGAAUACCCACUGUUCAAUCAAUUUCCCGGUUAUUUUUCCCUGUUCAGCAAGUAAACAUCGCUUUGCGCCUUGGCCUUUUCGGAAUCACCAUAGGACAAUUGGAGUCGACGCGAGGGCACCCAAGGAAGAACAAACUUGAAGCUGCUCUGGCCCUUGUCUUCUCGAGACAACAAUUACUAUUCAAUCCUGAGCUUCAGUCGUUUCGCGUCAUACGCGAGAUUCGAUCUUUAGCUUUGCCAGGCCAUAACACGCAUCUAAACUGUUGUGUGAUUUUCCAAGAAAUCUUGGAAUGUUCUGAUGUGUUACGUGAAUCCUCGGCAGCUUGCAUAAUCGACCGAAGUUACCACGGGACUGGAUCAGUUGCUGUCUCAUUGAGUGAAUAUCGGACGACGACGGGGGAAUAAACAUACGCCUCAAUGGAUGUUACCAUCACCACGUGGGCCCACGCCAAACCCAAGACGACGGGCUCAUCACUACAACGAAGCCGCUCAAAUUCGACGAAGGCAAGUAUGACCGGAUUAAUACCCUUAUUACUGCCCUCUUCCACGGGGAGUAAUAGAUCGAGCCCCAGCUCGUCACCUAUCGACGCAGGCCGAAGAGCUUCCGUGUCAACAUCCACGCCGCCGCCCGCGCCCUCGUCUUUGGUCCAUCGUCGUCAACAAUCUCUGCCAUCACUUAGGACAUCUAGACGCCCUUCCCUUGGCCCGCCAGCUGUACUCCCAAGCAUUCCAUUCACUUCCGAAGAAUGGAAGGCUGCUAUGGAUGACGUGAAGCGCAAAUAUCUCAACCGCAAAUAUCGGGCCUGCUCGGCAAGGUGCUGUGAGAUUCUAGAUAAUGUCAAGGAUACAUCAUCAGUGGAGCCUCUCCACCUGAUUUACCUACACUUUUACGCUGCGUCCUCUUUCGAGCUUUGCGCGCGACCUCUAUCAAAUUCGACUAAUUAUCGCACAAGGCUACUACGCGAUGCUCAAACACAUUACGCCAAGGCCGAGGAGUUGAUUCGGAACACGGAGGAUAAUGUAACUGGGAGGACGAGGUCUGUAUCGACGAGCUCGACUAUGUCUGGUCUAAAUUCUCCGGGUCUGUCUAGCGUGCGGUCGUCAGUCUCGAGUACAACUUUCUCGUCGCCUAGAACAUCGGUGUGUUCGGUCGAAGAUGGAGUAAUACCGAAAUCGACUUCACGGGCAGUCAAAGCCAAAAAGAAGGUAUCUUUUUCCGGGUUGAAUGACCUUAUCGAGUUCCAGCCUGAGCCAUAUAUUCGACCGGACAGUCCUACAUUAGGGUGGGAAGAUGAUAUCUUCCCUCACUCUAAUCCUUCUCCUUACUCAUAUCAGAUUUCAGCGGAGAAGGCCAAGCCGAAAUCAUCAUCUAAACCCGAACCAACGACAGAACCCCAGGCGGAAGUAGUGGAGCGCCCCACGACCAACGACGCCCAACCAACAGAAGAGCCGAAUCCUGCGGACGACAAAUUCGACCUCGACACCUUUUUGCAAACAAAAUCCGCGAACAGGAUUUGCGCGCAACUUUCUGCUCUACGUUUGCAGGUUUCCUGGCAUCGUAACGGCAUUGAAACCUUACUUGCUGAAGCUGAAGAGACACCGGCGACACCUAUGAUCCCAACAGAAGCUUGGCCUGUUCCUCCUUCGCCGCUCUACCAGGCGCGUUUCACUCGCUCAAACUCUCUUCCCGUGUUAGACCUAGGGGGAUUAAAUGACAAGCCGUCAGCAUUGACGACACCUGGUUCAAGGGAGAGUUUCUGUGGUUCACCUAAUCCUAAGGCGAUUAACCGACCAGCUUCUGUAGCCUCAAAUGUCCGUUGUGGCGAUGAAGCUCUCAAGCAGCGCAUCGAGCGUCUGCGUGCCGGCGGUUGGCAGAGAAAGCGCUUCGACAACCGACGAUACGAGGCCUUACGAGAACAGGUGCUAUGCGAACUUGGCGCCUAAGGAAUUACGUCCUGGUGCAUGUCAGCUUACAUGCAUGAAUAUUUACGUUGCAAUCUAGUCAGCUUUGCCGAUCAUCUACACAUAUAUCACAUUACCCUUCAUCUACUUCUUUUUUGUAU